UGAAGAAAAAGCACUUGAAAGAUGUGCAUCUCCAACAAGUGUCUGUAAGAAGGUUCGCAUCAUUCAAUCUCUUUUCAGUAGAAGAUCAGAAUACAGAAGAGGAAACUGGGACCUGGGUUCAGUAUAAAAGCAUCUUUUAUCCUGAGUAUAGUGUGUCCUUAAGAUUCCACAAUGGACUCUUAAAUGUUAAAGAUGUUCUUACAAGUUUUGACAACACGGGAAAUGUCUGUCUCUGGCCAUCUGAAGAAGUGCUGGCUUACUACUGCCUAAAGCACAAUGAAAUAUUCAGGGACCUUGCUGUGUGUGAGCUAGGGGGUGGCAUGACAUGCUUGGCUGGGCUCAUGGUUGCUAUUUCUGCAGAUGUCAAAGAAGUUCUGUUAACUGAUGGAAAUGAAAAGGCCAUCAAAAAUGUAAGUGAGAUCAUCACAAGAAACCAAAAUGCAGGAGUAUUUAAGGCUCAGAAAGUGUCAAGCUGCAUUUUACGAUGGGAUAAUGAGACAGAUGUCUCUCAACUGGAAGGACAUUUUGACAUUGUUAUGUGUGCUGACUGCCUGUUUCUGGACCGGUACAGAGCUAGCCUUGUUGAUGCAAUAAAGAGAUUACUCCAGCCCAGUGGAAAAGCAAUGGUAUUUGCUCCACUCCGAGGGAAUACUUUAAACCAGUUUUGCAAUCUAGCUGAAAAAGCUGGUUUCUCUAUCCAAAGACAUGAAAAUUAUGAUGAACACAUUUCGAACUUCCACUCCAAGUUGAAAAAUGAAGAAAAAGAUACAUAUGAGGAAAACCUCCAUUACCCUUUUCUUCUCAUUUUAACCAAACACAGAUAGAAGAUGACACUUUUUUUUUGUUUGUUUUAAGGAGGACUACUGAAAAUUAAUCCAUGUGUGUGGAUGGGCAGGGAGUGGGGAGGGUUCAGUUCCCCCCCUUUUGUUCCUGAGUCAUCAUUAGAGAAAUAUUUCUAAUCUAAAUGCUGAGGAAGAUACCGUGGCUCCUUUCACAGUGUGUAAACAUUGAGACUUCUUUUUUUUUUGUAUCAUUUUAGAACUUAUUUUUCCAAUUAUAUUCCAGCCUAAAGCCGAUCAGACUUCACAUGUAUGCGUUAACAAAGGUGUAAAGCUGUUGUCCUUCUCGUUUGUGCCUUUAAACUUGCAUGUACUUUGUUGAUCUCUUUAAACGUUAUUUUUGGGGUGUAUUUGAAAAUAUAUGAAUAAUAUACUUUGUGG